AUGAUUCCUUCGUCUCUCUUCAUGAUCUCUUCGCUGACAGAACUUGACUUGGGAAGAAACGACUUCAGUGGUCCUCUGGAGAUUGGAAAUAUCUCUUUUCCAACUAAACUUGAAGUCUUAUUCCUUGGAGAAAACAAUUUCAACGGACCAAUCCCGCGAUCUAUAUCGAAACUAGUCAAUCUUUCUUAUCUUGACCUCUCUUUAUGGAACACAGAGAGAGGCAUUGUCGAUUUCAGCAUCUUCUUGCAUCUCAAGUCACUUAUGUUCCUUGACAUCUCUUAUCUUAACACAAGAAGCAAGGUUGACAUGAGUGUUUUCUCACAGCUUCUCAUGUCACUUGAUUAUUUGGAUAUUUCAGGGAUUAGUUUGAAGAUCAAUUCAACUCUCCCUAUUUCUUCAUCCAUAUCCACCUUGAGUUUAUCUUCCAGCAAUAUUGUUGAGUUUCCCAAGUUUCUACAAACCAAAACCAGCUGUUUGUCUUAUUUAGACAUAUCUGCCAACCAAAUUGAAGGCCAAGUACCAAAGUGGUUAUGGACACUGCCAGAGUUGUGGUUUUUGAACAUUUCUUAUAAUUCCUUCAGUUGUUUUGCAGGAUCAGCAAGUGAUCUUCCUUUGUUACCAAACUCUACUAAGUUCUUUUUCGGCUCUGACAAUCGGUUUUCGGGAGAGAUUCCGAGGGCAAUAUGCAAACUGGUUUCUCUUGACACACUUGUUUUAUCCAACAACAACUUCAGCGGUUCGAUUCCACAGUGUUUUAAGAAUCUUACACGUAUUUCGGUCCUGCAUCUUCAGAAUAACAACCUUUCUGGUAUUCUUCGAGAGGGAUCAAUUAGUGAUUACUUGAGAUCACUUAACGUUGGUCACAACCGGUUAUCAGGAGAACUUCCCAGGUCCCUUAUCAAUUGUACUGAACUCGAGUUUCUAAACGUGGAAAACAACAAAAUCAGUGACACAUUUCCAUUCUGGUUAAGAUUGUUUCAUAAUUUACAGAUUCUUGUCCUUCGCUCUAACGAAUUCUAUGGGCCAAUAUCUUCUCCAGGAGAUUCUCUGAGUUUCCCAAAGCUGCGACUCUUUGACAUUUCAGAUAAUCGCUUCACCGGAGUCUUUUCAUCAGAUUACUUUGCGCUUUGGAUUGCAAUGUCAUCAUUGGUCGUGGACAUUGUAGAAUAUGAUCAAGUAUGUAAAACACUUAAUCAUUGUGUGGGACGUAGUGCUGGAAACUAUCAUAACUCAGUGACUAUGACGGCCAAAGGAUUGAAGAUGGAGCUAGUAGGGAGUGGUUUCACAAUCUACAAAACCAUUGAUAUCUCUGGAAACCGAUUUGACGGAGAAGUCCCCGAGUCCAUCGGUUUACUCAAGGAACUGAUUGUGCUCAACAUGUCAAACAAUGCUUUCAUAGGCCGUAUCCCACCAUCUCUGUCAAACUUGACCAAUCUUGAAUCAUUAGAUCUAUCUCAAAACAAUUUAUCCGGCAAAAUCCCACCAGAGCUCGGGAAACUCACAUUUCUAGAGCGGGUGAACUUCUCUUACAACAGGCUUGAAGGUCCAAUACCACAAGCCACUCAGUUUCAAAGCCAGAAUAGUUCUUCAUUCGCAGAGAAUUCCAGUCUUUGCGACCUUCCUCUCCAAAACACCUGCGGCGAAGAAGAAGCAACAACAAAGCAAGAUCAAGAUGCAGAAGAGGAAGAAGACGAACAAGUAUUGAGCUGGAUUGCAGCAGCUAUAAGCUAUGUACCUGGUGUUGUGUGUGGAGUCACCAUAGGCCACAUUCUAACUUGGUGUAAACGUGACUGGUUCAUGAGAAUCUUUCACUUAACGAAUGCCCUCCUAGUUUGA